GCCCCUCCCUCUGCCCGCCCGCCGGCCCGCCCGUCAGUCAGGCAGGCAGGCAGGCAGGCAGUCGGUCUGAGCGGCGGGUGGCUCCCCGGCUCUCCCGAGCGGCGGCCUCCCUUCUCCUUCCCGGCCAGCGGCAGCAGCUGCGGCGGCCCGGUCCCCCGGGAGGCGCGGCGUGGGCCGAGCGGCGGCCGCGGAGCGUCGAGCGCAGCGCGGCGGCGGCGGCGGCCCGGCAGCCAACAUGGCGGCGGCGGCGGCGGCGGCGGGCGCGGGCCCGGAGAUGGUCCGCGGGCAGGUGUUCGACGUGGGGCCGCGCUACACCAAUCUCUCGUACAUCGGCGAGGGCGCCUACGGCAUGGUGUGCUCUGCUUAUGAUAAUGUCAACAAAGUUCGAGUAGCUAUCAAGAAAAUCAGUCCUUUUGAGCACCAGACCUACUGCCAGAGAACGCUGAGAGAGAUAAAAAUCCUACUGCGCUUCCGACACGAGAACAUCAUUGGAAUCAAUGACAUCAUUCGAGCGCCAACCAUCGAGCAGAUGAAAGAUGUAUACAUAGUACAGGACCUCAUGGAAACAGAUCUCUACAAGCUCUUGAAGACACAACACCUCAGCAAUGACCAUAUCUGCUACUUUCUUUACCAGAUCCUCAGAGGGUUAAAGUAUAUCCAUUCAGCCAACGUGCUGCACCGUGACCUCAAACCUUCCAACCUGCUGCUCAACACCACCUGCGAUCUCAAGAUCUGUGACUUUGGCUUGGCCCGUGUUGCAGAUCCGGACCACGACCACACAGGGUUCCUGACAGAGUACGUGGCCACUCGCUGGUACCGGGCUCCAGAAAUCAUGUUGAAUUCCAAGGGCUACACCAAGUCCAUCGACAUCUGGUCCGUGGGCUGCAUCCUAGCCGAGAUGCUCUCCAACAGGCCCAUCUUCCCUGGGAAGCAUUACCUCGACCAGCUGAACCACAUUCUGGGUAUUCUUGGAUCCCCAUCGCAGGAAGACCUGAAUUGUAUAAUAAAUUUAAAAGCUAGAAACUAUCUGCUCUCUCUUCCACACAAAAAUAAGGUGCCAUGGAACAGGCUGUUCCCGAACGCUGACUCCAAAGCUCUGGAUUUACUGGACAAAAUGUUGACGUUCAACCCUCACAAGAGGAUCGAGGUGGAGCAGGCCUUGGCUCACCCGUACCUGGAGCAGUACUACGACCCGAGCGACGAGCCCGUCGCCGAAGCACCCUUCAAGUUUGACAUGGAAUUGGACGACUUGCCCAAGGAAAAGCUCAAAGAGCUCAUUUUUGAAGAGACUGCUCGAUUCCAGCCGGGAUACCGAUCUUAAAUUUGUCAGGACACGGGCCCGAGGACGGCGUGCAGACCCCGCGGCUCCUGCAGCUCCCGGCCCGCCUGUCCCCAGCCCGUCUGCGUGUCCACCUGAUCCUCUGAGCCGUCGGAGGGGCGGCUUCUGUGCUUUCAAAGAACUCCCUCUGGCCAGAGCGCUGUUCUGGCCCCGUGUGCGUCGCCUCCGUGACCUGCGGCUCUGCGUCCCUCAGGGCUGCUCCCGCCCACCUUGCUUCAGUCACGAGCCGAGCCGCCUUCUGCUCUGAGAGAUGCCGUGGCCCCUCCCCUCCUGAGUCCCGCCCCGUCUCCCGCCUCCCGGGCGCUUUGCGCCGUGACCGCCCCCUUUGCACUCCCGCCACCUCACAUCCCGCUGAUGCCGCGCAGGCGUCAGGGGUAGAGCACUGUCUCUUCUCUAAACAGGAGGAGGAGGCCCGCAGCUCACCUGCCCCGGCGGGGGGCAGAGCACUUGCAGGGCGCGUCACACGCGGCCCUGCCUGCUUGGGGGAGUCGCGCCAGCAGCGCCGGCUCCCCGGGAUCGGGAAGGGGGCGCAGGCCGCCGGGCGCCCUCCCGACAGCUGAGGGCCGGGUGGGGGGCGGCCGUUGUACACUUCCUUCCUCCUGCAGCAUGUCAGCAUCUCAAGUUCAUCCUCCACCUCCCGUGUGACCGCGUGCUAGAGCCUGGGGAGCCUGCGCCAGGGCCCGCUCACGCCUGGGGCGCCCGCCUGGAGCCCGCCCGGCCCGCGUGCCGGCGCCCCCGCGUGCCCGUGCUCAGAACUCUGCCUGUUCCCUCGCAUGACUGUUACAGCUUCUGUGCGGAGAUGAGUCCACCUGCCACAAGCCUGUGGUUGAAACGAAAACUCUGUUGUUACCUCUGAGUUGUGUUCCACGGAAAAUGCUAUCCAGCAGAUCACUUAGGAAAAGUCACUCGGUUUUCAGCUUUUCAUUUCUCAGCUGUCCUUUCUUUCUUGUUUGGUUUUUGACAGCAGUGGAGAAUGGGUUAUAUAAAGACUGCCUGCUAAUACGAACAGAAAUGCACUUGUCAUUCCUGAAAAUAAACGGACGUCCUCUAUCUCCGUGUUCACGUUAAGAUUCAGUGUUGAUUUCCUCCGGAUCAUGGGGUCCGAACCAGCAGUCACGCGCAGGCUGUGCUUAGAGCAGGAAGCCCGCCGGGCCCCCUCCCUGCUGGGCGCUGGCCGAGCACUCUGGUUUGUGUGAGGUGACGUAGACAGCAUUGUGGAGGGUUUUCCCCCCACGCAGCAGAGCAUCAGCUCUGACGCGGUCCUGUCCUCAGAUCACAGGUCUGCAGUGUUCUGUCAGACUCUGAGGACGCAGCCCAGAAGUCGCAAGCUGGGUUCUCUGGUUCUUCCUGGAGGGUGGCUGUGUCCCAGUCAAGCGCCAGGAGGGCCUGGCAUGCUGGACUCCCCGCAGACCAGAGCUGCAUCUGGGUGUUGGCCCUGGGAGUCGUGGCUUCGCCUCCGUGCGCAGAGCUGUGCUGUGAAGGCCCGCGGGGCCGUGCAACAGGGCUCCGGGGGCCCCGGGUGCGUCUCAAAGGAGCUGCGGUCUCUUGCUUUGCUGCUCUGUGCUGGCUACUAACAUUCCAGAGUAGUGUUAGGAGGUUAACCUGCAGUUCGCUAACCAGACAGAAAGCCGUAGCCUUGGUUACUAACCCCUGGGGGCUGGAGGCUUCCCCGACCCUCACUGUCCAGGGGUCCCCGGGGCAGGAAGCCACUAACCCUGUGUUGACAUCCCUGCAGCCCUUUACUAGUCACGCCAAGCUUGGAUCAGCAGGUCAGGAAGUUGUCUACACAAGGAACCUGUGAAGAGCUCUGGCUGUGGUGUGUGAGGCUCACCCGUCGGGUCUGCCUGCGUCUCUCGAAACGUGCGCAUGAGGUCACGUGAAUUCACGCUGUGACUGCCCCCUGCUCCUCAGCUUGGGGCCGGUGGCUUUCUUGGUGUCUAAAACGUAAGCAAAAAUUCCUGUUGAAACAUUCCAAUCCCUUCAGUGAGUAUGAGACAGAACUCCUAACAGCAGCAGGGCGGGCCUGCGAGCGCGCGAGACGGCCGUGCGGGCCGCGGAUGAGGCGGAAGGCCCUUGCGUCUGGUGGCGUGUCCGCGUGACUCCUGCUGCGGCCGUGUGCGGAGGGCCCGGGGCCGGUCUGUCCCCGAGGCAGGUGGGGGUACAGCCUGCAACACGCGUGUGCCAGUCACGUGCAGACGGCGCAGAGGAGACACCUUCGGUUGCUGACGUGUUAAUACGGUUUUAAAUUGGUAACUUUUCUGUAGCACGUGACGGCGUGUUAACACACGUACACAUGCACACGUGCUUUAGGCCCUUCCAUCAUACUUUUAUAUUUGUAAGUCAGUGUUUUGGACAAUCCCAAGUUUUUAAGGGAAAUAUUUUUGUAAAUGUAGUGGUUUUGGAAAUCUGAGCAGUCCCGCUUAUACAUUUUAAAGCGUCCGUGCUUUAAAAUGGUGCUGGUGUUUGAAAUGUGACCCUCUUAGCGCAGAUGAGAGGCGUGUCCAGCAGAGGAACCCAGGGCCUCCCGCACGGUCCCCACUGGAGCCGCGCCUUCCCUGCGCUUUCUGCGCCUGGAGCCCUCGAGAAAGGCCCAGACCUGCUUCCUGUCUGCUCUGUCCUGUGGGUGCCUUCUUGGUGUUGUACCCCAAAUUCUGCAUAGGUUACUUAGUAUAAUGGUAAGUUAAAAACAAAUGUUAAAGGAAGAUUUUAUUAAGAAUCUGAAUGUUUAUUCAUUAUAUUGUUACAACUUAACAUUUAUUUGUGGUAUUUGUGAUUUGGUUAAUCUGUAUAAAACUUGUAAGUAGAAAGGUUUAUAUUUCAUCUUAAUUCUUUUGAUGCUGUAAACGUACUUUCUAAAAGAUGGAUUAUUUGAAUGCUUACGGCACCUGACUUGUAAAAAAACAAAAAACAAAAAAAUUAGAAUCAUUAAAUUGUGUCUAUGUUACCAAAAA